CCGCAGAGCGAACAAAACCGCUCUCUCUCUCUCUCUCUCUCUCUUCUCCUCCCCGUCGGCCUCUUCCUCCCCUUUCCCGAUUCCCACUUUCCGCGAGCUCCUCUCCUUUUGCCGCCGCACCACCACCACCACCACCCACCACCGCCUCCAGAUUCCCCUCCGGCUUUUCCUCCCGGCUGUCGGAUCUCCGCCACCCCCCCUCCGGCGAGCUCGCCUCGCCGAGGCGCACGGUUGAGCCUUUGGGGUCCAGAAGGUGCCAGCCAGAAUUCUCAUCCACCUUGUGGUCACCAAUUUGUCUGUUUUGAUCUCCGUUGUAUGUGCAUUGUGGAAGCUGACAGUUCUAUGUGGGUUGCCGAGAAAAUCCCAUGCUAAACAUGUUCAUCUAAUUGGCAGAAUAUGGUAGUUACCAGCUUGAAUAACACCGUGGUUAGUUAUUAGCCAGUUAGACACAAAUUACUUCAUAUUCAAUAUGCCACCAUGGUGGGGGAAGUCUUCCUCAAAAGAUGCUAAGAAAACCACAAAAGAAAACCUCCUUGAUACAUUUCAUCGGUUGAUAAGUCCAAAUGAUCAAAAGGGAAGCACGAAGUCAAAACGGAGUUGUAGACGUGGCAAUGAUUCAUCUGUUGAAAAAGGCUGCCGAUCUACCACAGUAUCACGUCCAACUUCACCUUCAAAAGAAGUUUCUCGCUGCCAAAGCUUUUCAGCUGAUAGACCAAAGGCUGCCCAUCCCCUUCCUAUUCCUGGAAUACGCCCUCCGGUGACUCGGACUGUUUCUGAUGUCACUGAAUCCAAGCCCAUAUUGGAAAAACGUGGCAAGCCACCACUGCUUUUACCACUCCCUAAACCCAACCGACCUCAGAGAAGGCAUGGAAAUGGUGAGGUUGUUUCAGAAAUAAUGGUUGCUUCUCCCUCUAGUAACUGUUCGGAUAGUGAUGAUCAUGGAGAUUCCCAGCUUCAGAGCCCUGUGGGAAAUGAUGCUGAAAAUGCAACACCUGUUACUUUAAAGAGCAAUUCAAGUAAUGUGCGCAAAGAGUGCCGUGGACCUAUUACAGCAAAGAAUAUGAAGGAGAUACAGAAGCCAACUAAUCAAUUUCAUGGUAACCAUAUACUAUCCACAUCACCAAGGGGUGUUGCAGCUGACAAUUACCAAUCGAAUGUACAAAAUCCUCGCCCAUUAGUUCUGGAUAGUGCUCCCAAUAGUUUGAUGUCAAGUCCUUCUAGAAGUCCAAGAAGAAUAUGUCCUGAUCAUAUUCCAACUUCGGCCUUUUGGGCAGUGAAACCUCACACAGAUGUAACUUUCGUUGGAUCUGGUCAGUGCUCCAGUCCAGGUUCAGGGCAAACAUCUGGGCAUAAUUCUGUUGGUGGUGAUAUGCUAGCCCAGCUCUUUUGGCAGCCCAGCAGAAGUAGCCCAGAGUGUUCACCAAUUCCAAGUCCAAGAAUGACAAGUCCUGGCCCUAGUUCCAGGGUGCAUAGCGGGAGUGUUUCUCCUUUGCAUCCAAGAUCUGGAGGGAUGGCCCCUGAAUCUCCAACAAGUCGUCAUGAUGAUGGGAAGAAGAAGCAAACACACAAACUUCCCCUUCCGCCAUUGAGCAUCUCUCACAGUUCGUAUCAUCCAAAUAACUCCACUCCAACUAGUCCUAUUUCAGUACCUCGCAGCCCUGGUAGAACUGAGAAUCCACCAAGUCCUGGGUCACGAUGGAAGAAGGGGAAGCUAAUUGGCCGUGGGACAUUUGGCCAUGUAUAUGUUGGCUUUAACAGUGAUAGUGGUGAAAUGUGUGCGAUGAAAGAAGUUACCCUAUUCUUGGAUGAUCCUAAAUCCAAGGAAAGUGCAAAGCAGUUGGGCCAGGAAAUAUCACUGUUGAGCCGCUUACAGCAUCCAAACAUCGUACAAUACUAUGGAUCAGAAACGGUUGAUGAUAAGCUUUAUAUAUACUUGGAGUAUGUAUCUGGUGGAUCUAUCCAUAAACUUCUACAAGAGUAUGGACAACUUGGUGAGCCAGCAAUACGCAGCUACACGCAGCAGAUUCUUUCAGGGUUGGCUUAUUUGCAUGCGAAGAAUACAGUCCAUAGGGAUAUUAAAGGUGCAAAUAUACUAGUGGAUCCUAGUGGUCGUGUUAAGCUUGCAGAUUUUGGAAUGGCAAAACAUAUCAAUGGGCAACAGUGUCCUUUCUCCUUUAAGGGUAGUCCAUAUUGGAUGGCUCCAGAGGUUAUAAAAAACUCCAAUGGGUGCAACCUUGCUGUUGACAUAUGGAGUUUGGGAUGCACUGUCCUGGAGAUGGCUACAUCAAAACCACCAUGGAGCCAGUAUGAAGGGAUUGCUGCGAUGUUCAAGAUCGGAAAUAGCAAGGAACUUCCACCAAUACCAGAUCACCUAUCAGAGCAAGGCAAGGACUUCAUCAGAAAGUGUCUGCAACGUGAUCCUUCUCAACGUCCCACUGCCAUGGAGCUUUUGCAACACCCAUUCGUUCAAAAAGCAGUAUCAUUAGAGAAAUCUGUUCUUCCUGAUCCUUUGGAACGGUUGGCUGUUAUAUCUUGUAGACCGAAUGCCAAGAUGGCUGCACAUACUAGAAAUAUUUCUUCAUUGGGAUUGGAGGGUCAGACAAUUUACCAGAGAAGAGGUGCAAAAUUUUCUUCAAAAUACAGUGAUAUCCCUAUACGAAGCAAUAUAUCUUGCCCAGUUUCUCCAUGUGGAAGUCCUUUGCUAAAAUCAAGGUCCCCGCAACAUUCCAAUGGGAGAAUGUCACCUUCUCCUAUUUCAAGCCCCAGAACUACUUCAGGUGCUUCCACACCUCUUUCUGGUGGUAAUGGUGCUAUUCCUUUUAACCAUCUGAAACAACCAGCCUACAGCAAUGAGGGAUUUGCAAUCACAUCAAGAAGCCCAGAUGAUCUCUUUGCCAAUCGGCCUACAGAUCCUGAUCUUGGGCAAUUUAUUCGAGUGCAUCAAGUUUCUCAGGGGCUCCAGGAGAGGGUGGUAUCUGAAGCUGACAUUCUAAGCCCUCAAUUUGGAAAGAGACUAGGAAAUGUUUUUGAUUUGCGUGAUAAGCUGUCACCAUCUGAACACUUCACACAUCAUGCCUUUGUGGAUCAUGUAAAGCUAAAUCCUUCAUUAGACUUGACAUCUGGAUCUCCACACCUUGGACUCAAGCAUGGUGCCUAAUAUCAAGAAUAGAUAUUCAGAUGACAUUUUUUGGAGCUUGGAAAAGUAACUGAUGAUUUUGGCUGAUUUUUAGCCAUCCGAUGGCUUCAAGUGUAUCAUAGUAUGAGAAAAAAAAUAAUCACUAAUGUGUGUAGAAGCUAAAGUUGGCAAUGGAUGGAAUCUUUGUCGUCAUCAAGUCAAUUCAAGUCGACAAAGAUAUCGUCCAUUCCUGUUAGGCAGAACUUGCGGAAGCAUACUAAGAUUGGCGUACUAACAUGUGUCAAAUGACAAGACUGUAUAUUUGUUCCCUACACAUUGAAGGAUCUCUGGAGUAGUAGUUCGCCGCUGUAUACUCCUCUUGCCUUUAUAUAUGUAACUUAUUUUUCUAUUUUCCUCUUGGCGUCCUGAUGCCAUUGUACAGAGGAACCUCAACUAAGAGCCAAGAUUUUGCACAGGAGAAACAGUCGAGCCAUUCAGCACCCUUUUUCACACAAUAUCUCACCCGAGGUUGAAACCACUGCUGCAAGUCAACUGCAUACUUAAGUAUUUUGUAGCAGAACUCAGCCAAUGAACCAACUUAUUCAAUGUACCAGUUACUCUGGAAAUUUAUACAAAGAAUCUGAUCCUUAGUUAAA